AGAGUAGAACUGCCCCAUAGGGUUUCCAAGGAGCACCUGGUGGAUUCAAACGGCUGACCUUUUGGUUAGCAGGCGUAGCGCUUAACCACUAUGCCACCAGGGUUUCCUUGAUAUAUGUAUAUGAUCUAAUUAAAAAUUUAGGGAAAGGAUCACAGUAAUAGUGAGGAGUCAGGAAAUUCUCCUGAAGAAGUGAAUGCUUAAACUGAACCUUGAAAAAUGGGUAGAAUCCAGAUGGGCAAAGAUGAGGGGGUGACACACCAUCCACGAGCAGAGGAAUGGAGCAAGGGUGAGUGUUAGCGACCAUCUGACGAAGGGACCAGGCCGACUGGAGAGCAGAGAUCCCACCUCUGUCACUCACCAGCGGGAUGAGCUUAGGCAUGUUUUUCUAACUUCUAGGCCUCUGUUUUCUCAUCUGUAUCAAUAGAAUAAUAGAGUUGUUGAGAGGAUUAAAAGGAAAUAGUAAAGCAUCUGACCUCACCUUACUAUAGCCUGGUACAUGAUGAGCGCUCAAUAAGCAUUAAUUAUUACUUUUGUUAUUUAGUACCUGACACAUAGGAAGCAUUCAGUAAAUAUUAGCUUUCUUUCCCGAUUCACUUAAUGUGUUCAAGUGACUUGUGUCUUGACUUCAUUUUAGGAUAACUAGACAUUAUCUUCUCCUUUUGUAUACAUGGAUUUUUCCCCAACAGAACUUAAGUGCUCUGAGAGCAGGAAUUUUUUUUCUGUUUUGUUCACUGCUAUAUCCUUGGGGCCUAGAACAGUGCCUAGCACAUAGGAGACGUUGGUAUAAAUGUUUGUAGAAUGAAUGAAUAGACCUGCAGGUUAGGGAACUUUGUACCAGCGGCCUUCCUGAUUUGCAGAUAAUCAGUUACCAACUUUAUCUGGAGGACUGAGCUAAGAUCUGAUCCAUGGGCCUAUCUAUCCCUGCCUGCUCAUUACCUGUUGGUUUGUUCUUUGCAUGGAGUGAACCCAGGAGGGAAAUAUGGGGGACUCUCUCUCUCAGUUCCAUUGCAGAAGUGGCAGGGACUGGGAGUCUCAGAACAGCAGCAGUUCCAGGCAGCCUUUCCAUGUUUACAUGCACAACCAAAGGGAAAGCAACAAACUGAAACAGCUGGCAGGGUCGGCGGUCAUUGCUUUUGGACUAUGGUUUCGGUUUGGAGGCACCAUGAAGGAUUUAUCAUCAGAGGACAAGUCCCCAGAGUAUUUCUACGUGGGGCUCUAUGUGCUGGUUGGAGCUGGGGCCCUGAUGAUGGCCGUGGGGUUCUUUGGGUGCUGUGGAGCCAUGCGGGAGUCGCAGUGCGUGCUCGGAUCAUUUUUCACCUGCCUACUGGUGAUAUUUGCUGCUGAAGUAACCACUGGAGUAUUUGCUUUUAUAGGCAAGGGUGUAGCUAUACGACAUGUUCAGACCAUGUAUGAAGAGGCUUAUAAUGAUUACCUUAAAGACAGGGGAAAGGGAAAUGGGACACUCGUUACCUUCCACUCAACAUUUCAGUGCUGUGGAAAAGAAAGCUCUGAACAGGUCCAACCCACGUGCCCAAAGGAGCUUCUAGGACACAAGAAUUGCAUUGAUGAAAUUGAGACCAUAAUCAGUGUUAAGCUCCAGCUCAUCGGAAUUGUUGGUAUUGGAAUUGCAGGUCUCACGAUCUUCGGCAUGAUAUUCAGCAUGGUCCUUUGCUGUGCAAUACGAAACUCACGAGAUGUGAUAUGAAGCCACUUCUACAUGAAAAUUACAAGCUUUAUUCUACAUGAAAAUUACAAUCUAAAGCUUUCAUACUAGAUGUCAUGGGAGCUGCCUCUGGCUCAUUUUUAAGAUUCAAAGGACAUUAAGACCUAAAAGUAAUUUGUUGUCAGUUGUACAUUUGCACAUGUAUGUAUGCAGGGCUCAUUACCGGUUUGCCCCUUGAGUGAAUGCCUGUGUAUUGACUGAGAACAUACUCAUGUGCGUGCUGUGUGUUUCUGGGAUAUGCAUUACACAUAAUGAGAUCUGUUUACUGGGAAUUCCUGAUUUUUGUUAUGGAAGGAGAACAACCUAUUUAACACCCAGAAAAAAAAAUCAAAAGCUUUGAUAAACUUUCAAAAUUUGGCGAUUCAGAAAACUUGAUAAAUGGUCACUUUCUCAAACUCUAGCUAUAGAAAGUUGAAUGCAGAGAAUUCAGGGAUUUCUAGAGAAUGGCAGCAAUAAGCCUACAGGAAUUAAGAGAUCACGGUGGAAUGUUAAAAUUGAAUGUCUAAGUUGGGUGUAAGGGUUUCCUGGGCUUUUUUUUAUAUACAUUCUAUCCCCAGAAUAUAGUAAACACAGCCUUAGAACUAAACCCACCAGUAAAACUAAAUAUAGCAUGGAAAAUCUAAUGUGAAUAACUCAUGUUCUCCUAGCGAUUAAAAAAAAAAAC